AUGGAGGAAGACGGUAUUUUGGAGGAGAUAACCCCAACUUCAUACAAGUACUUCCAUAACACACACUUCAACCCCCUCUUCUUAGUGCCCAAACCGGGGAACGUCACUGAGGAACCCCUCACCAAGGAGAAUGUUGCCGACCGUUAUCGCAUGGUGGUUGAUUCUCGCAAUGCCAAUGUUGCAACGGCUCCUCUGGAAGGAGACUGGAAACAAUACCUCUCUUCUGUCGAUGAUGUCCUUCGGAGUAUCCCGUGGUCCAAAGACGGUCGCGUGACUAACCGCGAGAAGCCGUCUCGGUUCUUUGCCACUGUGGACGUCAAGGCGGCAUACUGGAGAAUGCACUAUGACGAAGAUUCUUUACCACUCUUCGGUGCAGCUAUUCAGCUUCCAGACCACCGUACAGGCGAGAUGAAGACUCGUUACUUUCUUCAUAAGGCUCUUAUCAUGGGAUGGGUCCACUCUGCUGCAUGGUGGAGUUAUGGGUUGGCUUUGGCACUACGAACCGGUCUGCCCGAGUACACCCUGAACGACGAGGCGAUAAUAACCUACCUCGACGAUGUUCUCAUCCAUCACCAUGAAGAAGCCGCUUGUCGAUGGCUUUACAAUGUGGUCAUCGAUAUCCUGGAAUAUGUUCGUUGUGAGGUGCCUGUCCGUAAACGACAACCACCAUCACCUACUGUAGACUUUCUGAAGCUCAAGCUAUGCCCUUUGGGAUGGUCCCUUAGUGAGAAGACACAGCAGGAGCUCUACCAAGUCGUGGAACAUCCUCCUACCACGGUCGGAGGUCUACGAUCACGUCUAGGUCUACUAAAUUACGGCAAAUCAGCAUUUAUAACUAACCGUGCUGAGGAUUGUCUAUCAUCUCUGCUCGAACCGUUCACUACCUUAUGCGGUUUACACUCCACUUCUCGUCGGUCGACUCGGAUUAACCUCACUGAUGAGCAGAAGGAGCAGUGGCUAAGUCUGUCACGUUUCAUUCAUAAGCAGUUAGUGUCUUGGCACCGUAUCGGAGAAAUUCUAGGACCCGAUUUGGUCUGGGUGCUAGUGGCUGAUACGAGUCCGGUGAGUACCAACGCCUCUUUGUGGAGAAUCCCUAGGAGUGCGAUCGACGACCUGAAGUCCAAUGGAGAUGAAACCUUUAGACGUCACGGCCGACUCGUGUGGAGUAACUCACACAAGCUCACACCUGCUGAAAGAAACUGGGUAAACUAUGAUAGAGAGUUGUUCGGAGUGUUUCGUGGUCUCUAUUAUGCUAAGCCUAUAAUAGUGUCAUCGUUUUCUCCUACCAGUGGCAACCCCCAUGUCGUGGUACUGUCGGAUAAUACCGCAGCGCUGGGAAGAGUGGCACGACGACCAUUACCUGAAGACGCGCCUCCGACACAACGCAGUAGAUGGCUUAACUGGUAUAACCUUACCGCCGAGUAUAGCGCUAUUCCUGUCGAGUAUCUCCAUAUCCCUGGUAAGAAAAACUUCUGA